AUGGACGACCCUGGUCAAGACUUGGCCAAAGAAGACCUGGCCGAAGAUCAAUACAAUACUCACCAGGAUAUUCAAGCACGUGUGCAAGGGCUGCGUGGCUGCAUGGUCAUGCCUUACCCAGAUCCGCAUGCUGGCGAACAAAUAGCUAAUCGAGCCAACCAUCAUGCUGCAAACGAGAAUUUGUACCAUCCUUUCACUUCUAAGAUGGAUUGGGAGGUCGCCAGAUGGGCGAAACUUCGCGGAGUCAGUUUGACGGCUUUUUCAGACUUGCUCGCAAUCGAGGGGGUCAGCGAACAUUUGUCACUCUCCUUCAAGAAUGCGAAUGAGUUGAACGCACUUGUCAGCCAUGAGCUUCCGAGUAGCCGCUUCAAGCGAGAGCAGAUCAUCGUCGCCAGUGAAGCCUUUGACAUAUAUUAUUGCGAUGUGAUCGAAUGUGUCAGGUCACUGUAUGGUGAUCCCGAUUUUGCAAGAUAUCUUGCAUUUGCCCCCGAGCGGCAUUAUUCUGACAAGGAUAAAACAGUUUGUCUCUUUCAUGAUAUGCAUACAGGAAAAUGGUGGUGGGAUACACAGAAAAAGCUGGAUCAGCACAGUCCAGGUGGCACCAUCAUUCCCAUCAUUAUCUCAUCCAACAAAACGCAAGUGACCUUGUUCUGCAACAAGUCCAUCUAUCCCUCAGUUGGUUUUGAUGGACUUCAUAUGGCUAGUGGGGAUGGCGCUCUCCGCCGUUGCCAUCUAUUAUUUGCUAGCUUUGUUGGUGACUACCCUGAACAGCUCCUUGCCACCAGAAUCAAGUUUGGAGAGUGUCCAAAAUGCGAUGUCGAUGCUGCUGAAACAGGGAAUUUAUCUUUCAUUUGUGCUUGCUCGGUAGCAGGCAUCAAGCCCAUUGUUCAUCCUUUCUGGGAAGAUCUCCCGUUUGCCAACAUUUUCUGUGCGAUCACACCAGACGUAUUACACCAACUAUAUCAAGGCUUGAUUAAGCACCUCUUAGGAUGGCUGUCGGCUGCUUGUGGAGCUGUCAAAAUAGAUGCUCAUUGUCGGCGUCUUCCUCCCAACCAUAAUAUCCAUCUGUUUAGGAAGGGCAUCACUAGCCUGUCACAUAUAAGCGGUGCUGAACAUGCACAAAUCUGCCACUUUCUCCUUGGUAUCGUGAUUGGUCGACUUCUACGAGCCGUGUGGGGUCUACUCAAUUUCCUCUAUCUUGCACAAUAUCCUUGUCAUAGCUCAGAGACCCUGCAGCUGCUGGACGACGCGCUCGAUCUUUUUCACAACAAUAAGGACAUUUUCGUCGAGCUGGGUAUCCGAAACAAUUUCAAUCUACCAAAACUGCAUGCAAUGCGCCACUACACUCUCAUGAUAAUGAUGUUGGGUACGACGGAUAAUUAUAAUACAGAGUACACCAAACGACUUCAUAUUGAUUAUGCCAAGGACCCUUACUGUGCUACAAACCAUAAAGAUGAAUUUUUGCAGAUGACACGCUGGCUCGAACGAAAGGAGAAGGUUCUGCGCUAUGAGAAGUACAUCAACUGGCGACUUGCUGGCAAUCACAAGUCUGAGCCCUACCACUCAUGUCCUCCUGAUAUGUCUUUCCGUCGGCUUCAGACGAUGACAAAGCACCCUAGUGCAAAGGCCAUCAAUAUAGACAAGCUGAUUGAAGACUACGGCGCUACUUAUUUCCACGAAGCACUUGCACGCUAUAUCACACAACUCAGCCACGCUAAUGAUCCAUGCCUCUCUAGUCAAACACUGGAUGUGUUGGCACAUGACGUCCAUCUCCCGUUCCGAAGUCUUCCAGUUUUCCACAAGAUUAAGUGGCUCUCGGUGGAUACUCGUGAUCACGGCGACACAACAGUCACAUUGGACUCUGUGCAUGCCAGACCACAACAGAGCUCAGGUUCUUCUCCAUUGGCUUGUCGGUCAGAUACAGCUCUUGUGAGUCUCGGUCCGAAUACUGAUAUUGUUAGCGCUGGUAUACAAGGUUUCCGUGUUGGCCAAGUACGAGUCAUUUUUGCAUUACCACCAAAGUCACUUCUGCUCCUUGUGCCGCCAACAGUCCAGGUACCCAAACACUUAGCUUACAUCGAGUGGUUUACACCAUUCUCUUCAGCUCCCGAUCGACGCCACGGACUUUAUGAGCUCUCGCGAUCGUUCCGUGGUGGUGAAAAAUUGGCAAGUAUUGUGCCAUUGGCAAACAUUGUGCGUAGUGUCCAUCUGAUACCAAGUUUUGGUGCUGUCGUCCCACGAGAAUGGACGAGUGAUACGGUUCUAGAUGAUUGUAACGAUUUUUGGUUGAAUUCGUAUUUAGAUAGAUACACUUUUUGUAUAUUCAAGUAA